CGAUUAUAUUGGUGUAGGACAAGGUGAACUAGGACGGCGUGUAAACAUUCUUUUCCUUGGUGUAUGCCUAGUCUGAGCAAUUCUGCGCACCGUUGCUACGCUGCUCAGAAAACGGUAUCGCUAGCGUAAAUGGUGCCGAGCGAAAGCGUUUGCCGUGUUUCCUGUCAUAUCACAAAACACUGGGCUUCUUUAGAAAAAGCGAUUGCAUCGCAAGACGGUGAAGGUAGAAAGCAAUGUGAACGCGACUUUGCAAGAUGUGCAAUGCGGGUGUCAAGUGUCACGCACCAAUCGCUUACUGUGUGCAUAUGAUAUUGACCACAAAUAAGGACGGCGACAGCGGAAGAGAACAGUAAACACCAACUAAGCCAAACUGAAGUUCUUCUGAAGCUUGCUGUCUACCGCGCCAAGUUCAUGCGACAGUGCUGCCGUAUUGCACAGAGCGUGUGUGACGACGCUUUUCGCGCCCUGUGACCCAAGUGAGGACCCUGCGACUGAGUGUUCCUCAACGAUGGCAUUGAUGCACGUAUACAUUCGGGGCAUGCCCUACGUGCAAGGUGUCGCCGGAAACAGCAUUAUUACUUUUUGUCUGGAAGACGCCGGAUUCAAAGGACAGCCGCAAGAAUUUCCGCUCUUCCGAGGUGCGACGCUCCCGCGCGGGACCAAGACGUGACGUCAUGAUUGGAGUGACAACCGUGCCUGCAGCGGUUGGGCGACACUUUGGGAGAAGGUGACCGCGACCGACCUCACCGCCGGAAAAACGUGAUGGGAGGCCCACCUUGGGCUUCGACGGGAGUAACGGACCGGCGAACUUCCCACCGACAACCGGACAAUCCCGAGGAAGAGUUGCGUUAGGCUGCUGCACCAUGCGGCUACAGCGGCCGACGCAGGGGGCGCUGCUUGCCGCCGCAGUCCUUGCGGUCUCCUUAGCCAGCGCAAGGUCGCAGGGCUUCCCGUGCUACCAGGAAGGCUUCUACCGGGACCCGAACCACUGCGGCCGCUUCUACCGGUGCGCGCCGGUGAGGAACCGACCGGGCGUCUUCACGCUCUACACGUUCGGCUGCCCCGAAGGGACGGCGUUCGACGAGUACCAGCGCAUGUGCGUGGAGCCGCACUACGACGACCCGUGCUUCAACCAGGUGUCCCGGGGACCGGCCUACGUGCCGCACCACUCCAUGCACCCGUUCAGGGCUCCCGUGCGGUCCAGCUUCAGGGACGGCCAGCAGCUGCCCUGCCGGCGGGACGGCUUCCACGCGCACCCUUACGACUGCAACAGGUUCUACCGAUGCGUGCGGUACGAGCAGGACUCGUUCUACAGCAUCUACGAGUUCAAUUGCCCCGAAACGCUCGUCUAUGACCAAGCAACCGGUACCUGCAACUACGCCGAACUCAGUGAUUCGGAGUGUCUCGCGAAUCAACGGCAGCCAAACAACAGUGGUAGCUGGAGCCAGAGUAACCCUGUUUCAGACUCUUCGAGCUGGUCACUGGCCGGAGCUGGUCCCAGAAAUGGUCAAUGGGGAGACACACACCAGAACAUUGAACAGGGUCAGCAGGAAAGCAGCACUUGGUCCCAAGUCCAGGGUCAGGAGUCAGUUAAUCACGGUCACGCACAAAGCCAGCCACAAGUUUCGUGGAAUGAUCAAGGAGGUAGCCAGCAAGAACCUCGUUGCACCAGGGAAGGUUUCUUCGGACACCCGGAUGAUUGCAAUAAGUUCUACAGGUGCGUUUCUGGCGGCGCGGAUUCUUUUGUUGUGUACGUCUUCAGCUGCGGAGAGUCGCUAGUGUGGGACGAAGCGCAGAGCACGUGCAAUUACCCGUAUUCCGUAGAAGGGCGGUGCAAAAAUGCAGUGCCUGGCCCCUCCCAACAACCAAUAUUCCCUGAACAACCCCAAGGAUGGCCGCAACAGGGUAGUGGAGGUGGUCGACCCGGGGUAACGUUGCCGCAACAACCACAGCGGUGGCCACAACAGGGCACUGGAGGUAGCCAGCAGCCUGGAGGUAGUGGAGGAGAUGGACCGCUGCCAGGUGACACAAGACCUGGUGGCACAAGGCCUGGUGAUAUUGGGUCCAGUAACCCGAGACCGGGCGACACACGACCGUGUGACAAUCAAACUACCCCGGGGCAACAAGGUGGUUCAGCAUCCGGACAAGGAACUCCUUCAAACAAAGACUUACCAUGCCCCAGGGAAGGCUUCUACCGCAACCCUCAUAACUGUUACAGAUUUUAUCGGUGUGUGAGGCGCGAAGGCGAAAGUGGCUUUGACGUCUACGAAUUCAACUGUCCCGAUGGACUCGUCUUCGACGAGAGGUACAGCGUAUGCAACUGGCCAUACCAAGCACCCCCCUGCGAAGAAAGUCACGUGGCCCAAAUUGUACAACCCGGCCAAGGUGGUCAAGGGCAAGGGGGAUAUCCAGGACAAGGAGGUCGGCCAGGCCAGGGAGGUACACCAGGUCAGCCAGGUAGUCCAGGACGACCAGGAACGGGUGGCACUCCGGGACGACCAGGCAGUCCAGGAACACCGGGGACGGGUGGUAUACCGGGACGGCCAGGUACUCCUGGAACACCGGGGACGGGUGGUAUACCGGGACGGCCAGGUACGCCGGGAACACCGGGGACGGGCAGUGCACCGGGACGGCCAGGUACUCCAGGAACACCGGGGAUGGGUGGUACACCGGGACGGCCAGGUACUCCAGAAACACCAGGCACGGGUGGUACACCAGGACGUCCAGGUACUCCAGGAACACCCGGGACGGGCGGUACACCAGGACGGCCAGGUACUCCGGGAACACCGGGGACGGGUGGUACACCGGGACGGCCAGGUACUCCAGAAACACCAGGCACGGGUGGUACACCAGGACGGCCAGGUACUCCAGGAACACCCGGGACGGGAGGUACACCAGGACGGCCAGGUACUCCGGGAACACCGGGGACGGGUGGUACACCGGGACGGCCAGGUACUCCGGGAACACCAGGGACGGGUGGUACACCGGGACGGCCAGGUACUCCGGGAACACCAGGGACGGGUGGUACACCGGGACUGCCAGGUACUCCGGGAACACCAGGUACGGGUGGUACACCGGGUCGGCCAGGCAGUCCAGGACAAGGAGGCCUACCAGUUCAACCAGGACAGGGAGGAAGGCCAGUUCAGCCUGGACAGCCAGGUGGUCCUGGACUACCAGGGCAACCUCCUCUGCCAGGCCAGCCAGUACCAGCACAGCCUGGAGGCCGACCAGGUCAGCCAGGACAGGGAGGCAGCCCUGGGCAAGGUCCACAACCAGGACAAGGAGGCCAGCCUAGUGGCUCCAGUCCAAGUCAUCCAUCGGGAGACGAGGGCGGCCGCGAACAAAGGCCAUCGUGCCCACAGGAAGGUUUCUUCAGACAUCCUCAAAGCUGCUACCGCUUUUAUCGUUGCGUGAGCGGUAAUAGCCAAGGCAAUUUUGUAAUCUACGAAUUUAAUUGUCCAGAGGGGCUUGUGUUCGAUGAACGUUACAGCACGUGCAACUGGCCAUCCGAUGCGCCACCAUGUGAUGGCGCGGCACCCCCGCCUGUAGGCCAAGCACCCCCUGCACCUAGUCAGCCAGGUGGUCCUCCUGUGGGGCCAGGGCGACCUGGAGCUCCAGGACAACCAGGGCAGGCUCAGCCAGGCCAGCAACCAGGACAGGGGCAACCAGGUCAGCCAGGACAACCUGGUCGACCAGACCGACUGCCAGGCCAGCCAAGACCAGGGCGGCCAGGUCAAGGGCAACCUGGACAGUCAGGGAGACCAGGGCAACCUGUACUACCACCGCAACCAGGCCAAGGACCGCCAAGCCGUCCAGGGCAGGGACCACCAGGCCAGCCAGGACCAGCACAACCGGGACAAGGGCAACCUGGCCAGCCAGGGCAACAACGCCCGCCUGGUUCAAGCCAGCAAGGUGGACCCAGCAGACUUCCAUGUCCUGAAGAAGGCUUCUUCCGACAUCCUGACAACUGCCAUCGGUUCUACCGCUGUGUUGACACUGGCAGCGGUUUUGUGGCCUAUGAAUUCAAUUGUCCCGAAGGCCUCGUAUUCGAUGAACGGUAUAGCACUUGCAAUUGGGCUGAUGCGGCUCCUCCUUGCGAUGAAAGGCCACCGCUCGGCAUGCCUGCGCCUGGUGGUGGCGGAAGGCCUCAGCCUAGUCCCGGACAGCCUAGUCCCGGACAGCCUAGUCCAGGACAGCCUAGUCCCGGACUGCCUAGUCCCGGACAGCCUAGUCCUGGACAGCCUAGUCCCGGACAGCCCAGUCCCGGUAAGCCCAUGCCGCCUCCUCCCAGACCUCCGCAGACGCCACCACCCAUUGCCACGCCUACCGACAGUACAGGAACUACGCCAGGAGGAACUGCUAGUACGCCAACAGAUAGCACAGGAACAACUCCUUCGGUGACCACUGAGACAGGCACAACUGGAACAAUGCCAUCUUCACCAGGAAGCACUCCUACUAUGCCACCUUCCUCUGAAACGACGCCCACAGGUACCGGUAGCUCUGGCGCUGGCACGCCAAUUACCGGCGAAGGCGGCCCGACGCAAGCCCCUCCACAGCCUGGUUCUGUUCCUGGAGGUACGCCCAGCGUGAGAGACCCCAAUGGACAUCCAUCGGGUUUGAACUGCCCCCGAACAGGUUUCUUCAGGGAUCCAAGUGACUGCACAAAAUUUUACCGCUGUGUCGACUUUUACAUGACAGGCCGAAAUUAUGUAGUAUAUCGCUUUGAUUGUCCCGAGGGAACUGUCUUCGACGAAAGAUACAGCGUAUGCAAUUGGCCUGACCAAGCCGCGCCUUGCGACCAGACACCUGGCUCACAACCAGGACAGGGUCAACCAGGACAGGGUCAACCAGGACAGGGUCAACCAGGACAGGCCCCACCAGGACAGGGUCCACCAGUGCAGGGCCAACCAGGACAAGGCCAGCCACCUCAAGGACAACCAUCACCACCAGGAGGUCCUCAGCCACCCCAAGGUCAACCAGGUGGCGGUCCACAAGGUCCAGGUCCCGCACCACCAGCCACUGACGUGACGUCGCCUCGAGAGCCCACGACCCCCGAAGCAUCGGGUCUCUCAUGCCCCGAUUCUGGAUUCUUCAGGAAUCCUCAAGAUUGUCACCGAUUCUACCGGUGCGUCGACCAGUCUGAAAGCGGACGAGGUUUUGUUGUCUACGAAUUCAACUGCCCAGCUGGUUUAGUCUUUGACGAGAGGAUUAGUGUAUGCAACUGGCCACAGGAUGCGCCUCCGUGUGAGGGUGGUCAAGGACAGGGGCCUAGUAUAGGUGCUGCACCAGUACCACCAAGCAGGCCACCGAGCCAACCACCUAGCCAUCCCCCAAGUCGGCCACCGAGCCAACCACCUAGCCGUCCCCCAAGUCGGCCACCGAGCCAACCACCUAGCCGUCCCCCAAGUCAGCCACCGAGCCAACCGCCUAGCCGUCCACCAAGCCGGCCCCCGAGCCAGCCACCGAGCCGUCCUCCAAGCCAGCCACCAAGCCAGCCACCAAGCCAGCCACCGAGCCAGCCACCGAGCCAACCUCCGAGCCAACCUCCGAGCCGACCGCCAAUCCAGCCACCGAGCCAGCCACCAAGCCAGCCACCGAGCCAGCCGCCAAGCCGGCCGCCAAUCCAGCCGCCAAGCCAGCCGCCAAGCCAGCCGCCAAGCCAGCCGCCAAGCCAGCCUCCAAGCGAGCCUCCAAGCCAGCCUCCAAGCCAGCCUCCAAGCCAGCCGCCGAGCCAGCCGCCGAGCCAGCCACCCAGUCAACCCCCAAGUCAGCCACCGCAAGGAGAGAGUUGCAGGCCACAGUGCAGCAGGACCGGCUUCUUCCGCAACCCAAGUGAUUGCACCAAAUUCUAUCGGUGUGUGGACUUCUACCAGGACGCCACAUACGUAGUAUUUAACUUUGACUGUCCCGCGGGUCUCGUGUUCGACGAGCGUUACAGCGUCUGCAACUGGCCCCACGAUGCACCGGCCUGCGAUGGCUCUUCAGACCCAAGUGCCGCUGGCAGCUGCGCACCAUCGCCUGGUCCCUCCCCGCCACAGCAGCCCGGCCCACCACAACAGCCGCAGCCUGCACAACCUCCACAGCCACAGCCUCGACCACCUCCAUCCCACCCAAUGCCUCCACCCCGACCAGCCGACUCUUCGGUAUGCAGCAGGGAGGGGUUCAUAAGGGAUCCUGCGGACUGCCACAAAUUCUACCGGUGCGUUGACACCUACCAGGAUGGAAGGUUGACAGCUGUCCAUUUUGACUGCCCUGCGGGACUCGUGUUCGACGAGCGAUACAGUGUUUGCAACUGGCCUCGCGACGCUCCACCAUGUGAUGACCAGCCUCAGCCACCACCUCAACCACAGCCUCAACCACAGCCUCAGCCGCAGCCUCAGCCGCAGCCGCAGCCACAGCCACAGCCCCCGCCUCGACCAGAACCAAUUGAAGCAACUACAGCGCCUUGCGACAAGACAACUGCACCAUCCUCAGAAACGACACCUCAAGUCACAAUGCCCUCGGAAGCUACACCUUAUGAAGCGUCGACACCGUCUGAAGCAACAACGCCCUCUGAAGCGAUGACAUCACCUGAAGCCACGACCCCGGAGACCACAAUGGCACCGACGACGGUCGCGACCACUCCAGCCGCCACGACCGAAGCGCCUACAACGCCAGCGGCCAGCACCACAAUGGCACCGACGACGGCCGCGACCACUCCAGCCGCCACGACCGAAGCGCCGACAACACCAGCGGCCAGCACGAUGGAGCCCACGACGACGCCUUCCAGUCGCCAGGCCAAAAAGCUCGACGACCUCAUCCUGUGCGACAAGGAUGGCAACUUCGCAUUCGAGGGUGACUGCGUCCAUUUCUACCGCUGCACUGGCGGGAAAUCCGAAAAGGCCGAGCUGUUCAAGUGCCCCGACAAGUACUACUUCGACACCAAGAUCGGCUUCUGUCGCCGAAAGAGGAAGAACUUCAAGUGCGACAAGACACCGUCGCCAGACUUGAUGGCCCGUCUUCCUCCGGACUUCAUGCAGUCCGCCAUAGUGGCCGGACCUGGUUUCUUGUGGGACUGAUGAAUAGGACAUUUAGCAUACGUGCGCUGGAGCAAGAUAUACAUGCGUAGCCGAACACUUGGCGAUUCGCGAAGUGCUAGCCGUUUCCUCUUAAAGCUUAAAGGGUCCAGUCAUCCAUCAUAGUGGUCCUCGCCCAUCUGUCAUUCCUACUUCUCACUCUCAUUUGCCGACCGGUCCCUUUUGGCACCGCGGCUGCUCGGGGCCUACUUAAUCAUGUGGUUCAUUAAAAACACAAAGCUGGUGCGGAGAGAGGAAAAAGGCGGGACAGCCAAGUGUCACAAACGGCUUCCCCCGCUGCGCUUUAGAACCGCCAGACGUUCGGUGUCGUCGACGAGAAGGUACUGGUAGCCCCACCACGGCAAUAUGGACGCGCUCGCCAUAUGUGCUCUUGUAUAUCUUUCUCGCACAGCCACGCGUGGCCACCGAGCUCCGUCGCCCGCCCUGUACACGAUAGUUGUUCACAACACUUUGCUUGCCGGCCGUAUUACUUGAUUUGCCGCGUAAAACGUUCCACCGAUAGCAAGAACGCAAAAAACACGUGUAGAUACUCUGGGGGCAUUCCAGGACAACCUGCUAGGCAAAUACGCAUUCUUCUUUUUUACCUGUGUCGCGAGUAGGUUCUCAAGACGUGGUUGCUUUCUGGUCUCACUAUUUAAGAACGACUAUGAAAGGAACUGUAUCAGUAUUGGACGUGAGCCCAGCCUCAGGUGGCGUUGAGACGUGCGUCGAGAGUGCGGCGUGUCCGCCAGCUCACCGUGCUGAUCACAAGCGGAACAAGGGUUUGUAGAGUGGUUAGGCUAAUCAUUGUCUGACAUUAAAGGAAUACUUCAUGCCACGUUGUUGCAUCCGUGCUUGUGAAUGAUUUCGGGCAGGAUGGCUCUUUUCUCUUUCUUUAGACUGAAUAUCUUCGACUUCAAAACAAACUUCUUUACUGUGGUUUAGUGUUUCCGUUCUUGCGCUUCCUUACAUCAGUCUGGCCUGCACAGACACCAGCUUCUCUGUUCUGCUUUCCAAUGUCGAGUGCCUUCAGGUUUGUAAGAGCUAACCUUCGAGACUGUAGCUUCAACGUGCUUCACCACUGUCAUUGCAGCCAACAAGAAUGGCGUGUUUGCGCAAUUAUAUGCGCCUUAUUCUUUUUUCUCACACUCAUUCUGAUAAAAUUAUAGAAGUUACUUGGAUCCCGCAUUCAUUUUUCUAUGCUCACAUUUUUGUUUAGCAUAAACAGAUGGUGGUGUUAGCAAAGAAGCAACCUUCAAAUUACAACUGCAUAUGCUUUGAUGCUCUGUUGAAAGAGAGAGUGACCUCUAGAACCUAACAGUACGUGAGAUCAGAGUUUUAGUGACAAUUUUUAUUCAUAACAGUGGAGAUUUUCGCGACGAAUGAAUUCAUUCAUUCGUAUUCGUGAAAAUCAGUGCUUUCCGCGAAUAUGUUGUUUGUGGUAUACGUAGUUGGAGGGAGAGACAUUUAGCGUCGAAGCAAGCCUGACGCAUACCUUCUGCUAUAAACUGUUUCUGUAAACAUGGGGCAUGCCUGUAAUUACCGCGUCUCAGGGCUCUCAGAACGAAUAAAAUGCGGCAUCCAAGGUGA